AUGACACAGGGUUCGAACACGACUCUGAGCUUGAAAACGCUAACUGCGCAUCAGCUUUUGACUGCUCGCCAAAACAUGGCGGAACUUUUUGGGCUACUGGACGAUUCUGAACGACAAGAGCUUCUUGUGGGCAGCGAUAGAGACCAGACACUGAAGGAUAUGAAGGCGCAGGUCGAGGCUUUGCGGCGAGAAGACGCAGAGGGUGCGAAGCAGUGA